GCCUCCGGAAGGCUGUAAAGCAGACUCCCCGUGGCGUACAUAAUCAGUCGUUCGACCGACAUCCUGACCAGCGAUAGUGUUCGAUCGAGAGAAAAAAAGUAUGCGCGCGCUAAAACUUUUGGCCGUCGUCACGGUCUGCGGAGUUGUAGGAGUCUUCGGGUGCGAUCAACCCCUUGGGCACUACAAAACGAUGGGAUGCACCCCCAUCGGGAAGCUUGCAACGGGCUGCCCGGAGCGGUACGAAUGUCCUUCGAUAACUGCCCACGACAACACCAAGUGCUAUUUCAAUGGCAAAACGUACGAAAUCACACAGCAGGUACCGGAUGCUGAGGUGGCACCGUUUUGUUCCACCAAUUGUUACUGCCGAUCAGCAAACCCAUUCGCGAAAUUCCGCUGCAUCCACGUGGGCUGUCCGGACUUUCUCCAGCGGUUCGAUCACGAGAACUGCCUGAAGCAGUACAAACCAAACAGCUGCUGCUACACGGGCAAGGUGUGCGGAGAGGACCGGCAGAAGUUGGCCACGUGCGAGCUGGAGAAGGAAAUCUACAGAGAAGGCCAGCGUAUGUAUUUCAAGGAAAACAAAUGCCGCAGCUGCAUUUGUACGGCGGGCUUUAACGCCAACGCUACCGAUACCGAUCCGAACUGCUUCGAUACGCCGUGUGGUUUUGAGCUGUUUGAAGAGAAGCACGUGUAUGGUGGAGGCAUCCCGGUGUACAAGAAAGACCGCUGCUGUCCCUGGGAGUGGCGCUUGCCUCAAGCAUCGGAUAGCAUCGUAAAGGGAACGGCCGGUAAAGCUUCCACGGAUCCUCUCCGACAGUGCAAGUAUGGCAAGCUCACACUCGAUGUUGGAGAUUCUCUGAAUAUACAGCAAGGCACUGCGGAAGCCCAGAAGAUGACGUGCAGUUGCGCUGUUCCACCGUUGGUGCAUUGCGUGUUGAAUAACUAAUGCAGGAAUGCCUGCAAAUGACUUGUAACAACUAAUCCAUGCAAUGUUCAAAAAGCAAUAUUU